GGCAAUUUGUUUGCCUGAAAUGUUGCUUCCUCCAACUAUAGUAUUGAUGAUUUGUGCAUUUAUGGUUUCAUGUCUGGAUAUCAAAGAGGCGGAUGAAGAUGGUAACUUCUACGUCCAGUGGGGUGAUAACCUUGCUUUAACGUGUGUACAAAGGUCCUACUCUUACCAGAAGACAGUAAUUGAUUGGUUCCUACCGUCUCAACCAAACAGUCCUGUUGGUUAUGGAAACAAGGCUCAAAUUUAUCAUCAAGACCAAGCAAACUCAAUAGCGUUAGUUUUGGUUGUCCGUUCUGUGACUUCAGAUGAUUCUGGCAAGUACACUUGUCGUAUGGGAAGACAAGAUGGGAACCGUUUUGUUGAAAUGGACCGUAAAGACGUCAGUGUCAUAGUUAGGCGUAGUAUCAUGGCCACAGACUGUCCGAAGGACCAGUGGAUCCCUGUUGUACCGGGGAAUAUAAACUGCUUCAAUGAAGAUGGUUGCCGAGACCUUACAGCUACCGUUAGAUGUGUUAUACAGGCCUUUCCUGCACCAACAAUCCACUGGCGUUUUCAAGGUGUUCAAAUUACGACAGGUGCCAAAUAUAUUAUAACAACUUCUGGGGUAACAAUCUUAAAUCCAACAAACCAAGACUCUGGCAUUUAUACUGUAAUUGCUAGACAGCCACAGCAAACUGCUGUCUUUGAUCUGCGCGUCUCUGCCUUUAGCCGUCCACACAUAAUUUCAGGCCCAUCCAUUGUUGGGUUACACAAAAAGACUAUGGUUGCUGGAAGCGAGGCCUAUCUACAAUGUUUGGCUGCUGGCCAGCCUCCACCUACUAUUCACUGGUAUCAUGAACGGGAUCCUCAGACUGAAUUACAGAAAAUAAAUCCUGAAAAAUUUUCAGUUAACACAAAUUAUCAAGUUGGUUUACUGCGGAUUUCGCGGAUAUCCUAUCCAGAAGAUUCUGGCGUUUAUAAAUGUCUUGCCAUAAUUCCAGUCGCUCCAACAUAUUCUGGUUCCAGUUCUCUCUCCAUAGCUGAAGCCGAGAUGCUUUUCAACGUUACUCUUCCUCCAAAGCUGAUCCCACUUACAACUAUGCAUAGUUAUGUGGACCUUGGGAGAGCUGCUACAGUUCAGUGUCGAGUUCGUGCCACAACUCUUACGGAAUUUUACUUUAAACGUUUUAAUUCAAACAUGUCGUAUAUACUGGGAUUUCAGCCUGAUGAUAAACGUAUUCAUGUAUGGAGACGUGAGGAUGAAAAUGACCCUUUGAAUCACGAUAUAUUCUUAACCAUUCAAAAUACAACUUUAGAAGACACGUGGAACUAUAGCUGUCAUGCAACUAAUGAAGGUAAUUCUACUUCGUGGAAUACUACUAUCCAAGUGAUGCACAUUCCUCAGCUGUCACUGAGAACAGGAAUGAAGCCAGAUAACGAGGAAAGUGAAUUAAGAUUUGGUUGGCGAUUUAAUGCAACCAACUUAACUUGCAUUUCCCGCGGAAUGCCACAUCCAACUUGGACGUGGUAUCGCCGAGGUGAGCAAAUUUUAAACGGGCAGAAUUCGACUUUUGUAAUAAUGAGCUAUGACUACUGGGAUCACAGCCAAUCAUGGCUUCAGAUUACCCCGUGCUUACGUACAGAACAUUUUAUAUACGAUGAUUAUGUGUGUAAGGCUACAAAUAUCAAAGGCACAAAUGAAAGCAAGGUUAGCUUUCGACGAUCAUCUGUACCUGGACAACCAACAUUAGAGAGCUAUUCAGUUACUCAAUCAACCAUAGUGUUGAAUGUUAGUUCACCGAUUAAUACUGGUGGCAUGCCGACUUUGGCAUACGAAUUAACUUAUAGAGCGUUCGGAGGACCUGAAGGGUGGUAUGGUCCUGUUACUUUUCCGCUUGAUGCUUCUGACCGAUUUGCUAAACCGAAAUUCGAAUUGACUGGUCUACUGGGUGGGACUAAUUACCAACUAAAAUUAUUCGCUCGCAGUAUUGUUGGACAGGGUACACCCUACAGUUUUUCAAUUCAAACAUCCCCUAGUACUCGUCCCGGUCCUGUUGAGGUAUAUACCUUAAUUUAUCUAAUACUGUGUAAAAUGUGCUAUUCUAUUAGUUCUUUCAUGUUCUAGGAUUGCUUAUUUUCCAUCAUACACUAAAUUAAUUGUCAGUGCGAAUUCCCGCAACAAAUUCAUGUAGUCAAAAGGAUGCCAGUAUAAUGUAGAAAAGACUAAAUUUAACACAAGCUUCUAGACCAACGUCCUUGCCAGUAUUCAAGUUUCAUAUUUUGACAGAUAAGUUACUAAAGGGCUAUGUAAAACUUGUUAUUUCGAAUUCUAUUUACUAAUCUCACUUACUACGCUAUCAAGUCACCGUUGCUGGUAAUCUAGAGAGAAAGAAAAGAAAUAAGUCAGCAAACUGCUUAAAUUUAAAAAUUAUUUUAGCCUUUCCUGUUUGCUAUAAAAAUGACAUAGGUAAUGCUAUUCCACUUUAAUUUAAAUUACUGCAAAUGUUUGAAAGUCACAUACAGGUAAGGAAAUAAACUCACUAAGUAGUCAUAACUGAAACAAAAGCGAGCUGCAUUUUAACGAAGAAAUUACUGGGAAUAAUUAAGUGCCUUCAGUCGUUUUCAGAACCUCACCUAGUUUACUAGCUCACUAGUUUUCUAGCCUGUCCCAAGCCUGAGUAGAGAGGGAGGGUUCCGCGUGGGGCUAGCGACCCUACACCACAAAACCAAUCAAACUGCUACAGAAACUCUAACGCACAAGAAAAACAUUUAAACUAAGAAAAUAUUAAAAAACUUAUUCUUCGCUGGAGUUGGAGAGAUUAAAUGACGCAGACUGGUGAAAGCCUCUGGGAAGACAGCCAUCCAGCUGAUGUAUCUUCUCUUGAUGAAAGCAAGAAUAAGAAUAAGGACGUUUAAUGUGUUAGGCUCGGAAAUCUGUGCAGGUAACCAAAGAAAUGAAGAGAUAUAACAUAGAAGUGCUAAGAAUCUGUGAGAGCAGAUGAAAUGGAUGUGGACUGUCAAAAUUGUCAACUGAUGAGUAGUAAUCUGCUCCAGUCACCCAGACGACAUCCACGAGCACACUGAGGGAGUGAGUGGCUAUCACGAUGUCACCAGUGGCAGCCAAAGCUCUAAUGCAGAGGGGACCAA